CGUGCACUGGUGACUUUAUCGAAGGGGGCUUGAGAGGUAUUGCUGCAGGCACCCAAAUAUCAAUGUCUGUAAAUAUUUUACUGAGGUCAUUCAGUUUAUUCAGAGAUUAAAUCUGCCAGGUCUGGGAGUAGCAUAGGGAAAGGAUCCCACAGUUCCUUGGGCAUUCAGUAGAAAGAUUUUCUCUGAAUCCUUCUAUUUUCACCCUUGCCCCUUGUCUGUCUGGCUUCUCUGAGGCCAGAACCUCAUCUGAUAUUGGUAUUUUCACUGAUACCUUCAGUGUGAGCAAUGUUGAAUGUUUGAGCCUCGUUUGGCUGGUUAUAAUCAAAUGAGGAUUAAAAGAAAAUCUAGAACCUCUGUGCAUCCUCAGAUUUCCUAUCUGGUGCUAGGUAGGAACCAAUCACAGGUAGGCUUGGUCUUAUGGUGGUAUUACCCUAAGGGUCACAGGUCAAAGGAACAUGGGCGAUUAAGCAUGGACUUUGGAAUCGGAAAAUCUUGGGCUUGGGUCUGUUUCUACAGCUUUUUAGCUGUGGGUAUUAAGUAAUGUAUUUAACGUCCUUAAGCUUCAGUUUCCUUUUCUGUUAAGUAGAAAAAAACAAUAUCUAUCUCUUAGGGGUGUGAGAAUUAAUACAUCUAUAUCGCUUAGCAGAGAGUCUAGAAUAUAAUUAAGCAUUCAGUAAAUAAUGGUGAUGUUAUAAUCCUGUUUUAAAAACACAUCUGGUUGGUGAGCAUUAACUUGAUUCCUCUUCUAACUUGUCCUGUGGUGUUUGAUGUAUCAUCGAAUCUACGAAAUCCAAAAGGACCAUGUAUACCUUAGCGUACAGGGCCUGCAAUCUGGUUUGUAAAUUACCUUUUGUGCUCUUCCCUUUCCAGUGGCUUCACUAACAAGUGGUGGAGUUGGGCCUAGACCUUGGGUCUGUUUGUUGCCUAAGCCCGUCUUGUAACCACCACAGUGAGCUUCCUCUCCCUAACCUCCUUUUUCCUUUCCCAACAAACUCCAAAGGUAUUUUGGCUUAUGUGAUCAAUGACUGCAGCUCUGCUUUUCUUUCUCCAUUCUUAGGGCAGGGGGACCUGGACUCGGACCCAGAGCGGGGUGGAGCCAGGUCCAGCCUACCUUUCCUUUGGCCCCCCACGAGGAAUCCACGUGUAAACAAUUGCCAGUGGGUAGAGUUGAUUGCAUUUUAUCAUUCUGCAGAGCAGUCAGGUUGACCGAGGCUCGCGCCCAGAUUAUACACGCGCAUGCGCUUGUGCACCUGUAGAAAAGCCCACUACCUGCACGGACGGAGACACAUGUACGUCGCCCACGUUGUCACUCCCCCCACACUCUGGUCUCCAGGAGCAAAGUGCUCAGCACAUUUUGCCUCACACCGCCGAUUGAGGGAGGCCAUUCAGGACAGGGGAAAGGGAAGAUAAUGAGGCAAAAAGGGAAAUGAAACUAAAGGGGGCCACCGUGUCAGCAUUAACUGGGGUAUAAGAAAUGGGCUUUGGACAGACAGACAGACUCCUGGGGCCCGUUAACCGUGAAAAUGUCCAAAGGACUUCUCCUUCUCUGGCUCCUGAUUGAGUGUGGGCGGCUUUAUCUGACACCAGCCGCAUCUGAGAUUGUUGUGACAUCGUAUGUGGGUCAGCCCGUGACUUUGCCCUGCUCGUACUCGUCCUGGUCUCAGAGCAGUAACAGCAUGUGCUGGGGCAAAGGCCAGUGUCCCAACUCCAAAUGCAACGAGGAGCUUAUCAACACUGAUGGGACGAAGGUGAUCUCCAGGAAGUCAGCAAGAUACAGUCUUCGGGGGAGUGUCUGGAGAGGCGAAGUCUCCCUGACCAUCUCAAACCCCAGUGAAGGUGACAGCGGUGUGUACUGCUGCCGCAUCGAGGUGCCCGGCUGGUUCAACGAUGUAAAGAGGAACAUUCGCCUGCAGCUGGAGAGAGCCACAACAACCACACGUAGAACGACAACGACAACGACCACAACAACACUUCCAACGACAACCGCACGCCCGACCACCACCUCACAGGUGACGACAACCACGGCUGUGCUUUCCACGACAGUCACGACCACACCCGAGCUCACCACCACGGCGCCAUUUCAGACGAGCACCCCCGCUGCCCUCACGACAGCAGCGGGCACCUGCCCCCUGACCACCCUGAGCUCCCUGCCAGCGGCGGCCACAGAAGGGCCCUUCCUUACCGCAGAAUCAGAAACCAUCCUUCCCACCAGGAACUCUUCGAGAAGCACGGAGUCUACUGCAGACGCUGCCCUGCCCACGUCCAAAGAGUCUGAGGCUUCAACGUCCCAGGACGCCCAGGUGUGGGAAAUGAGGGAUUCCGGAACGACCCCUCCGCCUAGAGAAUCUGAGAUGACAACUGCGCAAAACGAAACACGGGUACGAGAAUCUGUGAUGGGAACGCCCAACUUCAACAACCUGAUGAUAAUCAUCGCGUCCUCCUUGGGGUUUGUGCUGUUGGCGCUGCUCCUGACCUUUCUCCUGAGAGGGAAAGUCAUGGAAACCAAUUGUUCGCAGAAACACACAAGGCUAGACGGUGCUGGGGAGUAUAAAAAUGUCCUCAAUGACAUGCAGCACGGACCGGAAGAUGAAGAUGGCCUUUUUACACUCUAAUGUGCUACUUCUUAGCAUGACAGGACGAGGGCAUGACACUUGAAGUGUCAAAGUCAGUCUUAAUAUGUUUUGGGUUUUUUUUUUUAAUAUAUAAAAGCCCUACCUGUUCCACAGAUGUUAUUGAUCUAGUCUUGCUUUUGUUUUGCAAAUGAAAGGUACUUUAGAGACCA